CAUUGAAAUCACAGACACUUUGAUUAGGAGUUUAUUUCCAUUUGCUUCCUUUUUUUUUCAUAACUUACUUGCAAUGGAAGGGAAGCUUUUUGUGGGUCAAUACUUGAUAUUGGUGAUAUCAUUGUUGGGGCAGCUGCAUGGAUACAUAAGUUGUAUUGAGAAAGAAAUGGUGGCUUUGUUGGACCUCAAGAAAUACACUAUCGCAAGUAACGAAUCCAACCAGUUUUUAACUGAUUGGACUAAUCUCACAAAGAGCGAUUGCUGCCAGUGGGAGAAAGUUAAGUGCGAUCGUGCUAGCGGGCGGGUUAUCAGGCUUUCCAUUGGUUGGGCGCACCACAGAGAGAGUUCUCUAAAUCUUUCUUUGUUGCAUCCCUUUGAAGAAAUUCAAAUUCUGGACUUAUCCUGGUCAGGAUUCAGUGGCUUGUUUGAUGAUGUGGAAGGAUAUAAAAGCCUAAGGAGAUUAAGAUACUUAGAAAUUCUGGAUCUCUCUGUAAAUGCAUUCAACAACAGCAUAUUUCCAUUUAUUAAUGCCGCUACAUCACUUAUAACUCUGCUACUUCCGUUGAACAAUAUGGAAGGCCUAUUUCCUGCUAAAGAAUUCAAAGAUUUGACUAAUUUGGAACUACUGGACCUAAGUGAAAACAGAUUUAACAGAUCUAUACCACUGGGAGAUUUACCUGCUCUGAUGAAUCUGAAAGCUUUGGAUCUACAUGGUAACGAAUUUUCUACAUCAGUGGAACUGCAAGGUAUUUGCGAACUGAAGAAUUUGGAGGAGCUCAAUCUCAGUCAAAACAAACUUGUAGGUCAGUUUCCUUUAUGCUUGCCUAGCUUCAAUGGACUUCGAGUUCUUGAUCUCUCAUCUAACCAACUAAAUGAGAGGCUACCAUCUGCUAUCCGUAACCUUGAAUCCCUCGAGUACAUGUCGCUGUCUAAUAACAGCUUCAAAGGCUCCUUCUCACUUGGUUUACUCGCCAACCUCUCGAAGCUUAGGGUGUUCAGACUUGAUUCAAAAGGCAACUCGCUCCAAGUAAAGUCCGGAAGUGCCUGGAAGCCAAAAUUUCAGCUGAAUGUUAUUGCACUACCAUCAUGCAACUUGAAGAAGGUUCCUCAUUUUCUCCUACACCAGAAGGAUUUGCGUCAUGUUGAUCUCUCUGACAAUAAUAUUAGUGGAACUUUCCCUUAUUGGCUAUUAGUGAACAAUACUAAACUAGAAAAUUUGCAUCUACAGAAUAAUUUCUUUACAGGCUUUCAGCUUCCUGAAAUAUCUCAUCAUAAUCUGCAUUGGUUGGAUUUGUCUGUUAAUAAUCUCACUGGCUUGCUGCCUGAGAGCAUUGGGUGGAUACUUCCUAGUUUAUCGUAUAUGAAUAUCUCGGAGAACGGUUUUGAAGGAAAUCUGCCGUCUUCACUGGGCAACAUGGGGAGUGUUGAAUAUAUGGAUCUAUCUCGCAACAGUUUCCACGGGAAGUUACCUAGAGCUUUAGUAGAGGGUUGUUAUUCCUUGGUAAUCUUGAAGGUUUCAUGCAACAAACUAAGUGGUGAGAUUUUUCAAGAAUCAGUUAGCUUUACUGGUAUCUAUGCGUUGUUUCUGGAUAACAAUCAGUUUACAGGAGAAAUUGGACAUGGUUUACGGAGGCUGAUAAACCUGUUACUGCUUGACAUUUCAAAUAACAAUCUAACCGGUGUUAUUCCAAGCUGGAUCGGCGAACUCCCAACGUUAUUUUCGCUACUGCUUUCAAACAACUCAUUGGAAGGUGAAAUACCUAUUUCUUUGGUCAGCAUGUCCAGUAUUAGGCUACUUGACCUCUCCUCAAACUCUUUAUCUGGGUCCAUACCUCCACACGUUACUUCUGGAACUUCAGUAGUGUUCUUGCUGAAAGACAAUAAUUUAUCAGGGGUUAUUCCAAAUACUUUGCUGUUAAAUGUUUCUCUACUUGAUCUGAGAAACAACAGAUUUUCAGGGAAUAUUCCAGAGUUUAUCAGCAACCAAAGGGCUAGUUUUCUUCUUUUGCGUGGGAAUAAUUUAACAGGGCAGAUUCCUAGCCAGUUAUGUGCCCUAACAAGCAUUCGCCUUCUGGAUCUUGCUAACAAUAGGUUGAGUGGUUCAAUACCUUCAUGUCUAAGCAAUAUAUCAUCUGAUUUGAGAAAAGUGUAUACGCCAGUUUAUGAUUUUGGCAUUGAUUCACAAGAAUUGUCACAACUUUCUUAUCUGGACAGGGACUCCAUUUCCACACGAGAUGUCGGUACAUAUUUCAAAUCUCUGCUUAUACUGGAUCAGUUUACAACAGAUGGAUAUGAUGUUGGCACCCAAACAAAAAUAGAAUUUGCAACAAAAGGCAGAUUUGACGCCUACAUGGGUAGCAACCUAGGGUAUUUGAUUGGAAUGGAUCUCUCAGAAAAUGAGCUAAGCGGUGAGAUUCCAGCAGAGCUUGGUGGUCUUAAGGAGUUUCAUGCUUUAAAUCUUUCUCACAACAGUUUGUCAGGUGCUAUACCAGAAAGCUUUUCAGGUCUGAAGAAUAUGGAAAGCCUUGAUCUUUCUUACAACAGAGUACAAGGUCCGAUCCCACCACAACUAGCAGAACUGAGCAGCCUAGCUGUCUUUAAUGUAUCAUACAACAACUUAUCAGGAGUUAUUCCACUGGGAAGACAGUUUAACACCUUUGAGACUAAAAGCUACUUAGGCAAUCCCCUUCUCUGUGGGAAACCAACCAACAUAAGCUGCGAGAGCAACAACUUUCAAGAAGCAGAUGAUGAAGUGGAAGCGGAUGAAUCCACAAUCGAUACGGAAUCGUUCUACUGGAGUCUUGUUGCAGCCUAUGCGACCACACUCAUUGGAAUAUUUGCAUCUUUCUAUUUCGAUUCUCCUUGGAGCAGAUUUUGGUUCUUCAUCGUUGAUGCCUUCAUCUACAAAGUGAGGAGUUGGUUGUGGUAAUGUUUAUUAGUAUCAAAUGUUUUACCGUGCUAGUUCCUUCGUUUUUCCCCAUUUAUGGAUGUUCUUCAGAAAACUGCUUUGUGUAACAACACCAGAACAUAAUGUGUGAUCUUAUGACUGAUCUUAUGUAUUGUCUUUGUCUUUUUUUGAAUGAAUGUAAUGCCUAAAACAUGGAUUGUCUUUGUCUUAUUUUGCAGCUGGUUUGGUAAUUAAUUCACUACAUAUUUACGGAGAUA